AUUAAACUCCACCACACCAACCACUUCCUUAACUCUUCUCACAGUAACACUUUCAUCAAUCCAAUUCAAUCCUCUGCUUCAUCACUAACCAAUUACACAACACAAUCCCUUUGUUAUCUUUACGUACUCUCAAAACUCGAAGAACACCUCCAAUCCAAGGAUUGACAUGUUUGGCAUAUUGGCUUUGAGUAAUUGAGUUCAGAUGCUUGUUACUUCAAUUGAUGAUUUCGAUGAGAUGGGGUAUUCACUGAGUAGAUUGACUGUAGAGUCUGACUAUUUUGAUGAUGGGAGUACCAAUAACGGAACUAGUGAAGGACCCGACAAAGCUUUUGAGAGUUUAGAGCAUGAAGUAGCUCAGCUCACAAAGCUGAGAUCAGCACCCAAUGAGAGAUUGAGACAAGUCGGACCGGGGAGGCGGGGCAGGACUGUUUCGACGGUGAAGAUGCUGGAAGGGAGAGAGGGUAAUUAUUCAGGAAGGGGGAGAUUCUCCUCUGCUGAUUGUUGUCAUGUUUCAGGGAGAUACUUGCCGCUGAAUGGUCCUUGGCUUAUUGACCUAUUGCCUUGCCGAGCAUAUGUCUCGCAGUUUUCAGCAGAUGGAUCUCUUUUUAUUGCUGGGUUUCAGGGUAGCCACAUUAAAAUAUACAAUGUGGAUAAAGGGUGGAAAGUGCAGAAGGACAUUCAUGCCAAAAAUCUGCGAUGGACAGUGACUGAUACAUCUCUUUCCCCGGAUCAACGCCAUCUUGUCUAUGCAAGCAUGUCACCCAUUGUUCAUAUAGUUAAUCUGGGAUCUGCAGAAACAGAAUCUCGUGCUAAUAUAACGGAAAUUCAUGAGGGUUUGGAUUUUACAUCUAGUGAUGAUCGAGGAUACUCCUUCGGUAUUUUCUCCAUAAAAUUUUCAACAGAUGGACGUGAAAUUGUUGCUGGAAGUAGUGAUGAUUCCAUAUAUGUUUAUGAUCUUGAAACUAAUAAGCUCUCCCUUCGAAUUUUGGCUCACACGUCUGAUGUGAACACUGUUUGUUUUGCCGAUGAAAGUGGCCAUCUUAUUUAUUCUGGGAGUGAUGAUACUCUCUGUAAGGUGUGGGAUAGACGUUGCUUUCAAGCCAGCGGGAAGCCAGCAGGAGUUUUGACAGGGCACCUAGAAGGUAUUACAUGCAUUGACAGCAAAGGAGACGGACGUUACUUCAUUUCAAAUAGCAAAGAUCAGAGCAUAAAACUUUGGGAUAUCAGGAAAAUGUGCUCUAGUGCUACUGCUGCGCGCAACCCAGGGCCUAGAUAUCAUGAAUGGGAUUACAGAUGGAUGGACUACCCGCCUCAGGCAAAAGAUAUGAAACAUCCAUCUGAUGUAUCGGUGUCUACUUAUAAAGGUCAUUCGGUCUUGCGUACACUUAUUCGCUCCUACUUCUCCCCAGCGUAUAGCAGUGGUCAGAAGUACAUCUACACUGGAUCUCACAAUUCAUGCGUUUAUAUAUAUGAUUUGGUGAGUGGAAAAGAAGUUGGAAAACUGGAGCAUCAUAAAUCAGCUGUAAGAGAUUGUAGUUGGCACCCAUAUUACCCUAUGCUUGUCAGCUCUUCCUGGGAUGGGGAGGUUGUUAGAUGGGAAUUCACUGGAAAUGGAGACACACCACCACCUUUCACCAGAAGGGGAGCCUGGAGGAGAGAAUAUUCACCAUUCUAUUGAAAACAUCAGUUAUAAGUCCAGCAACGAAUAUUUUGUUCAGGUAAACUAGCGUGAAGCCAGAGACUUGGCAUCAUACACCCUCAAAUGCUAGCUGUUGUUGUUGCUCUAAGCUUAGGAUAGAAAAGUUGGGGUAAUUAAUCUUAAUUUGGUUGUACAUAAAAAACAAAAUAUGAUUCUGCGUUUCAGGAAGAAACAAAGAGGUUUAUGCUUGAUAUGAAUGUUCAUAGACUCAAUAGUGUGCUGUUUAUAGCAGCGUUUUUAACGUGUAUUUGCGGAUGUGUGUGAGUCAUUUGGCAUCACACAUGAGUCAUAUCAUAGUUUGUUUCGAUC